UUCCUGACUUCGUCUCGUUGUUUGUUUCUCUCUACAGUAUUUUUUCAUGACUCUCUCCAUAUAGCAUCAUCAUCAGCCCUGAUGCCUCCUCCUCACUCCUCAUUUCUCUCCCACUCUCUCAUAAUCUAAUAGAAACCCGAUUACUACGGGGAGCUCACAAACAAAUAGAGACAUCUACAUCUCCUUCUUCAUCAUCUUCAUUUGUUUCAAAAGCUAAAACGGCUUUCCAUUCAGCGGCAGCAAAAGCGGAGAAAGUUCUGACGGAUAUUAAAGUAGAUUUCAAGUCCAACUCUCCUGAAGGUAGUCAAGAAGAAGAACACCAAUUUGAUAAGAGUUAUAGGAAGUGCCGAGCCGAAUCAAUUUCUACAAAGACUGAUAAUAAACAGUUAGGGAGAAAGCAGGAUUGGCAGGAUAGGUUUAAAAACAUGAGGAGAGGGAAACAAGAAGCAGACAAUAAGAAUGAGAGCUCUCCUAAGUCGGGUUCGCAGGGGUUUAAUGAUAUUCCUAAACAGAUUGAUCCCAGAAUGAAGGAAACAGGAAAGGGACCACCUUCUGCAGAAGAAGAGGACCUGAAGAAGAAUGCGCUUAAGAUUCCCCCAACAUCAGUUGUUAAACAACUCGCAGUAGCUGUAGAGUCUGGAAAGAAGUUGAAAACAAUGAAAGAUUUUCUGGCAUCAACCAGAGAUUCAUCUCCUGUCAGGGAGAGAUCAGGCUUAAGCUUUUCUGCUAUGAAGUCAUUAGUGCUUCGUGACAAGGAGGAUAAAUCGACUUCCGAGUUUGGUGACGAUGAUGAAGUUGUAUCUUUUAUCAAGACGUUGUUUGAUGCUGAGGGUCGACUUCUCCUAAAGAGGAACCAUUCUGGUUCAGCAGCGACUUCUUUGCCUAGAGAUAUCCAUGCUGCUCCACCAGAUACGUUUGUUGUUAGACUCUCUGAAAUCAUUGGAAGGUUCAUGACUCUGUGUAAAAUGGCAUUAUUUUGGUGGAGGGUUGUUGAAGAAUUGCGAAGACUAUGGUCUGAAGAACAACCCAUACCUCGAGUUCCCCUGGAUGAGAACCCCGAUUUGAAUUCCUGUCUUCUCUAUCAGCAAUUGCAGGUCAUCAAUUGUUGUAUUUCUAGGAAAAGACGGCGUGCGAUUGCCACAGAAACACUAGAUUCCAUACUUAGAGAAGCCAGUAUACAUGUAGAUCCAGUAGAUGUUUCUGCAAGCUCGGUUUCGUCCUCAGUGUUGUAUGCUAGACUUAGCAGCGGGGAACUAGUUCUUCGGCUAGGAGCUGAUCAUCCAUAUGAAGGUGUAAGGAUGUUGGAAACUGGAGAACCAGUAUACGCUCCUGUAACACAGGAAGGACCUCUUCUUACAGAAGAUCUUAUCAAAGAAACGGAGGAGCUUGUUCUGCGGACCGGGAGUGUUGGUGCCGGGUGUUCUCAACUCCUCUCGGAUAUGCAGGCUUUUAAGGCUGCAAAUCCUGGGUGCAUUUUAGAAGAUUUUGUUAGAUGGCACUCACCCCCAGACUGGUCAGAAACAAAUCCAGAUGAGGAGGUUAAAGAUUGCUCAGAUGGAGGAGAUGCAACAUCUAGACGAGGUUACUUGAGUACACGAAUGCAGAAAGAAGGAAAUCUGUGGCAUGAACUAUGGGGAACUUCCAAACCAUUACCCGCUGUCAAACAAGCACCACUAUUCGAUGAAGAAUUGGCAGUGGAAGGCAUCUUGAGUUUCUUAGAAGACAUCGCUCCAUCUGAGCUUUUCCAGCAAUUGUUUGUUUCUAUACUUGGUUCGGCUUUUGUAAUUGCUGAAGGUCCAUUGUCCAAGAACAGUAACUUGUCUAAGCUGUUUUAUGAGUGUAAAGACUAUGUAACUGCCACUUGUCAAACUUCCAAGUGGACUGAUAAUAUUGACGAUCUCUGCCAGGUUUAUGGAACAGUAGAAACGAUGUUAGUUAAUCCUGAGGAUGGUUUAAAGCUCAUUAAUCAAUCUGAAGAAACUACGACCCCAGAAGAACCAAAGCAUCGUUUUAAGAAACUAAUACAAAAAAUUAGUGGCAAAGAUAGACAGUUCUUGAGAAGACAAAGCUCAGAAAAUGACAAGAGUCAAGAAGAGAAGCCCCAACGCUAGGCAUUCCCAAACCCAUUUGAAGGGAAAUCAUCUUUGUUUUCAAAGAAGCCGCCUAAGCCCAUCCCCUCUACCGAAAUCGAGACACCCUUGUUUCCAGAUGAUAUGAUUGGACAGGUGUUUCAUAGUUGCAAAUACGCUAUGUAAACCCCAAUUCAUUUGAAGAUCUAGAAAAGAAAGAAAAAAAAUCUGUAUAUAACAUCUGUCGAAGGCAAAAUCUAUAUUAUUUUUUUUACUCCACAUUUGGAAGGAUUGUAGUUCAAAACUUUUGAACUCUGAGAUAAGUUCAAUGAAUCCUUUCAAAAAAAAUAGAAAAAAAAAGGAGAUAAGUUCAAUGAGCAAAA